CUCUCUCUCUCUCUCUCUCUCUCUGUCUCUCUCUUUUUGUGGAGGAUUCUGAAGCCUUUUCUUCAGGAUUAGUGCUGGCUUCUCGGCUGCCGCAUGUGGGGUGACUCCGGAUCUUUCUCCUUUACAAGAGCCACCCUUUGCAGCAUUCCCCCUUUGGAGGAACCACUUAGACACUUCCAGCUGGUGGCAGGGGAUGCGGCCAUAACACAGCUCCUCCGGUCCCAGCUGCCUCCACUACAGCCUCUGCACCAGGAUGGCUGCGCUCUCCUCAAGAGGGGAAGGCUCAGCAAGGUGUAGGAUGAGAUCUGGCCCCUGCUGUGGUGGGUUUUGAAAGCUGCAGUUUCCCCAGCAUCUCUGCCUCUCUGCCUCUUGGAUGCCUUUCUGCUCAGGCUUCUCUCCUGUGAGGGCUAUGCUGCUCUAUGCCUGAUUAGUGGUACCCAAGGAGAUCACCUUUCUCAGAGAAAGCUCUGCGCGCUUGAGACAGGGUCUUUUUUCAAAUGCAUUAUGGCUCAUGCCGCCUCCCAGUUAAAGAAAAACAGGGAUUUAGAAAUCAAUGCGGAAGAAGAGACUGAGAAAAAAAGGAAACACCGCAAACGGUCCCGGGAUCGCAAGAAAAAGUCUGAUGCCAACGCAAGUUACUUAAGAGCAGCUCGGGCGGGGCACCUGGAAAAGGCCCUUGACUACAUCAAAAAUGGAGUGGACGUCAACAUCUGUAACCAGAAUGGAUUGAAUGCACUCCAUCUUGCUUCCAAAGAAGGCCACGUGGAAGUGGUUUCUGAGCUGCUGCAGAGGGAAGCCAAUGUCGAUGCAGCCACAAAGAAAGGAAACACGGCCUUGCACAUCGCAUCUUUGGCUGGGCAAGCAGAAGUGGUCAAGGUCUUGGUUACGAACGGAGCGAAUGUCAACGCACAAUCUCAGAAUGGCUUCACACCAUUGUAUAUGGCAGCCCAGGAGAACCACCUGGAAGUCGUCAGGUUUCUUCUGGACAAUGGCGCCAGCCAAAGCCUGGCCACAGAGGACGGCUUCACACCAUUGGCCGUGGCUCUGCAACAAGGUCAUGACCAAGUCGUGUCCCUCCUGCUCGAGAACGACACGAAGGGAAAAGUGCGCCUCCCAGCCCUCCACAUCGCAGCCCGGAAAGACGACACCAAGGCAGCAGCUCUGCUCCUGCAGAAUGACACAAACGCGGACGUGGAGUCAAAGAUGGUGGUGAAUAGAGCAACUGAGAGUGGCUUCACCCCGCUCCACAUAGCUGCCCACUAUGGGAACAUCAAUGUGGCCACGUUGCUGUUAAACCGAGCGGCUGCUGUGGACUUCACCGCACGGAAUGACAUCACUCCUUUACACGUUGCGUCGAAGCGAGGAAAUGCAAAUAUGGUGAAGCUAUUGCUGGACCGGGGUGCGAAGAUCGAUGCCAAGACCAGGGAUGGUCUGACUCCGUUGCACUGUGGGGCAAGAAGUGGCCAUGAGCAGGUGGUAGAGAUGUUGCUUGACAGAGCCGCCCCCAUCCUUUCAAAAACCAAGAAUGGACUGUCGCCACUGCACAUGGCCACACAAGGAGACCAUUUAAACUGCGUCCAACUCCUCCUCCAGCACAACGUGCCCGUGGAUGACGUCACCAACGACUACCUGACCGCCCUCCAUGUGGCCGCCCACUGCGGCCAUUACAAAGUUGCCAAGGUUCUUUUGGAUAAGAAAGCUAACCCCAAUGCCAAAGCCCUGAAUGGCUUCACCCCUCUCCAUAUCGCCUGCAAAAAGAACCGUAUCCGAGUAAUGGAACUCCUUUUGAAGCACGGUGCAUCUAUUCAAGCCGUAACCGAGUCGGGCCUUACCCCAAUCCAUGUUGCUGCCUUCAUGGGACAUGUAAAUAUCGUGUCACAGCUAAUGCAUCAUGGAGCCUCCCCAAACACCACCAAUGUGAGAGGAGAGACAGCAUUGCAUAUGGCGGCUCGGUCCGGGCAAGCAGAAGUGGUGCGGUAUCUGGUCCAAGAUGGAGCUCAGGUAGAAGCAAAAGCUAAGGAUGACCAGACUCCACUCCACAUCUCAGCCCGACUCGGGAAAGCCGACAUAGUUCAACAACUGUUACAGCAAGGAGCAUCCCCCAAUGCAGCAACAACUUCUGGGUACACCCCCCUUCACCUUGCAGCCAGAGAGGGACAUGAGGAUGUAGCUGCGUUCCUUCUGGAUCAUGGAGCAUCUUUAUCCAUAACAACAAAGAAGGGAUUCACCCCUCUGCACGUGGCAGCCAAAUACGGAAAGCUUGAAGUCGCAAGUCUCCUGCUGCAGAAGAGUGCGUCUCCUGAUGCCGCAGGGAAGAGCGGGCUAACUCCACUGCAUGUAGCAGCGCAUUACGAUAAUCAGAAAGUGGCCCUUCUGCUCUUGGACCAGGGAGCCUCACCCCACGCAGCCGCGAAGAAUGGCUAUACACCACUGCACAUCGCGGCCAAGAAGAACCAGAUGGACAUAGCCACGUCCCUGCUGGAGUACGGUGCUGAUGCAAAUGCGGUUACCCGGCAAGGGAUUGCGUCCGUCCAUCUUGCGGCACAGGAAGGGCACGUGGACAUGGUGUCGCUGCUCCUGAGUAGAAACGCGAAUGUCAACCUGAGCAAUAAGAGCGGGCUCACCCCACUCCACCUGGCUGCUCAAGAAGACCGAGUGAAUGUGGCCGAGGUCCUUGUCAACCAGGGGGCCCAUGUGGAUGCUCAGACGAAGAUGGGCUACACCCCACUCCAUGUGGGCUGUCACUAUGGAAAUAUCAAAAUAGUCAAUUUUCUGCUGCAGCAUUCUGCAAAAGUUAAUGCCAAGACGAAGAAUGGAUACACGGCACUGCACCAGGCUGCUCAGCAGGGCCACACGCAUAUCAUCAAUGUCUUGCUUCAGAACCACGCCUCCCCCAAUGAACUCACUGUGAAUGGGAACACAGCUCUGGCCAUCGCCCGGCGCCUUGGUUAUAUCUCGGUGGUUGACACACUGAAGGUCGUGACGGAGGAAAUUAUGACCACCACUACCAUCACGGAGAAGCACAAAAUGAAUGUCCCAGAAACGAUGAAUGAAGUCCUCGAUAUGUCAGACGAUGAAGGUGAUAAAUGCACAUGGUUCAAAAUUCCCAAAGUACAGGAGGUUUUGGUGAAAAGUGAAGAUGCCAUCACAGGGGACACUGACAAGUAUCUUGGGCCACAGGACCUUAAGGAGCUAGGUGAUGACUCCCUGCCAGCCGAGGGUUACGUGGGCUUCAGUCUUGGAGCCCGUUCUGCCAGCCUCCGCUCCUUCAGUUCGGAUAGGUCCUACACCUUGAACAGAAGCUCCUACGCAAGGGACAGCAUGAUGAUCGAGGAACUUCUGGUACCAUCCAAAGAGCAGCACCUGACGUUCACGAGGGAGUUUGAUUCUGACUCCCUCAGACACUACAGUUGGGCAGCAGACACGUUAGAUAAUGUGAACCUGGUCUCAAGCCCCGUGCAUUCUGGCUGCUCGUCUCCGCUGCCUCAGUAUGACUCAAGGUUUCUGGUUAGCUUUAUGGUGGACGCGAGAGGGGGCUCCAUGCGAGGAAGCCGCCACCACGGGAUGCGGAUCAUCAUCCCUCCGCGAAAGUGUACAGCCCCCACCCGCAUCACGUGCCGCCUGGUAAAGAGACAUAAACUGGCCAACCCACCCCCCAUGGUGGAAGGAGAGGGAUUAGCCAGUAGGCUGGUAGAAAUGGGUCCUGCGGGGGCACAAUUUUUAGGCCCCGUCAUUGUGGAAAUCCCUCAUUUUGGGUCCAUGAGAGGGAAGGAGAGAGAACUUAUUGUCCUUCGGAGUGAGAACGGAGAGACCUGGAAGGAACAUCAGUUUGACAGUAAAAACGAAGACCUCGCGGAGCUUCUCAAUGGCAUGGAUGAAGAACUCGACAGCCCGGAAGAGUUGGGUACAAAGCGCAUCUGCAGAAUUAUCACAAAGGAUUUCCCCCAGUAUUUUGCCGUGGUUUCCAGGAUUAAGCAGGAAAGCAACCAGAUCGGUCCUGAGGGUGGGAUUCUGAGCAGCACCACCGUGCCCCUUGUCCAGGCCUCCUUCCCAGAGGGUGCCUUAACCAAGAGGAUCCGUGUGGGUCUCCAGGCUCAGCCCGUGCCAGAGGAAACGGUGAAAAAAAUCCUUGGGAACAAAGCAACGUUUAGCCCAAUUGUCACGGUGGAGCCAAGGAGGAGGAAGUUCCAUAAGCCCAUCACCAUGACCAUUCCGGUGCCCCCGCCCUCGGGAGAAGGCGUGUCCAAUGGGUACAAGGGGGAUGCCACGCCCAACCUGCGGCUCCUCUGCAGCAUCACAGGAGGCACCUCACCAGCUCAAUGGGAAGACAUCACAGGAACAACCCCUCUGACGUUCAUAAAGGACUGUGUGUCUUUCACAACCAACGUCUCUGCCAGAUUCUGGCUGGCAGACUGCCAUCAGGUGUUAGAGACCGUAGGGCUAGCCUCCCAGCUGUACAGAGAGCUGAUAUGCGUUCCCUACAUGGCCAAGUUCGUUGUGUUUGCCAAAACAAACGACCCGGUGGAGUCCUCGCUGAGGUGCUUCUGUAUGACAGACGACAGGGUGGACAAAACCCUGGAGCAGCAGGAGAACUUCGAGGAGGUUGCCAGAAGCAAAGACAUUGAGGUGCUGGAAGGGAAGCCCAUCUACGUUGAUUGCUAUGGAAACCUGGCCCCUCUGACCAAAGGAGGACAGCAGCUUGUUUUUAACUUUUAUUCUUUCAAAGAAAACAGACUGCCAUUUUCCAUCAAGAUCAGAGACACCAGCCAAGAGCCCUGCGGCCGCCUGUCUUUCCUGAAGGAGCCAAAGACAACAAAGGGAUUACCCCAAACGGCUGUUUGCAACUUAAAUAUUACUCUGCCGGCUCAUAAAAAGGAGACAGAGUCAGAUCAAGAUGACGAGGCUGAGAAGGCAGACAGACGCCAGAGCUUUGCUUCCUUAGCUUUACGUAAGCGCUACAGCUACUUGACUGAACCCAGCAUGAAAACAGUUGAACGGAGUUCAGGAACAGCAAGAUCCCUCCCCACCACUUAUUCACACAAGCCAUUCUUUUCUACAAGACCAUACCAGUCCUGGACCACAGCUCCAAUCACAGUGCCCGGGCCGGCCAAGUCAGGCUCCUUAUCCAGCUCUCCCUCUAACACGCCGUCAGCUUCUCCGUUAAAAUCCAUAUGGUCUGUCUCGACGCCUUCUCCGAUCAAAUCCACGUUAGGCGCCUCAACUACAUCUUCAGUCAAAUCCAUUAGUGAUGUGGCGUCUCCUAUUAGAUCUUUCCGGACAGUUUCUUCGCCAAUAAAAACGGUGGUGUCGCCGUCUCCGUACAAUCCCCAGGUUGCCUCUGGUACCCUUGGGAGGGUUCCCACCAUCACAGAGGCCACACCCAUAAAGGGGCUGGCUCCCAACUCAACUUUCUCCUCUCGAACUUCUCCUGUGACGACCGCAGGGUCUCUGUUGGAGAGGUCCUCCAUCACCAUGACACCCCCUGCCUCCCCCAAAUCAAACAUCACUAUGUAUUCCUCAAGCUUGCCAUUUAAGUCCAUUAUCACAUCAGCGACACCACUGAUCUCUUCCCCUUUAAAGUCAGUGGUGUCUCCGACCAAGUCUGCAGCUGAUGUCAUCUCAACAGCUAAAGCUACGAUGGCAUCGUCUCUCUCCUCCCCCUUAAAGCAGAUGUCCGGACAUGCAGAGGUAGCGCUAGUCAAUGGGUCUAUUUCUCCUCUGAAGUACCCUUCGUCUUCAGCUUUAAUUAAUGGAUGCAAAGCCACUGCCACAUUACAGGACAAAAUUUCUACAGCCACAAACGCUGUGAGCUCGGUGGUGAGCGCAGCCUCUGACACGGUAGAGAAAGCGCUCUCUACCACAACAGCCAUGCCCUUUUCCCCACUCAGGUCGUAUGUUUCUGCAGCCCCCACGGCUUUCCAGUCCCUUAGAACUCCCUCUGCAAGUGCACUGUACACCUCCCUCGGGUCUUCGAUAGCUGCUACUACCUCAUCUGUAACUUCAUCAAUAAUCACAGUGCCAGUAUACUCGGUAGUCAAUGUUUUGCCAGAACCAGCACUGAAGAAACUCCCAGACUCUAACUCGUUCACCAAGUCGGCAGCGGCUUUGCUGUCGCCCAUUAAAACAUUGACUACGGAGACACGCCCUCAGCCCCAUUUCAAUCGAACUUCAUCUCCAGUCAAGUCGUCUCUGUUCCUGGCAUCCUCGGCCCUUAAGCCAUCAGUACCGUCUUCUUUAUCUUCCAGCCAAGAGAUCUUAAAGGAUGUGGCCGAGAUGAAGGAGGAUCUCAUGAGGAUGACUGCCAUACUGCAGACGGACGUGCCAGAGGAGAAGCCAUUCCAAACCGACCUCCCCAGAGAAGGGAGAAUAGACGAUGAAGAACCUUUCAAAAUCGUUGAGAAAGUGAAGGAAGACUUAGUCAAAGUCAGUGAGAUACUCAAAAAGGAUGUGUGUGUCGAGAGCAAAGGGCCACCCAAGUCCCCGAAGAGUGACAAAGGACACUCUCCAGAGGAUGACUGGACAGAAUUUAGUUCUGAGGAAAUACGAGAAGCCAGGCAGGCUGCGGCCAGUCACGCCCCGUCCCUGCCCGAGAGAGUACAUGGGAAGGCCAACCUCACUAGAGUCAUAGACUACCUGACCAAUGACAUCGGGAGCAGCUCACUGACCAACUUAAAGUACAAGUUUGAAGAGGCUAAGAAGGAUGGAGAGGAGAGACAGAAGAGGAUUUUAAAGCCAGCCAUGGCUUUGCAGGAACAUAAACUCAAAAUGCCGCCGGCCUCCAUGAGGCCUUCCACCUCUGAGAAGGAAUUGUGCAAGAUGGCUGACUCUUUUUUUGGAGCAGAUGCCAUCCUAGAGUCUCCCGAUGACUUUUCCCAGCAUGACCAAGAUAAAAGUCCCUUGUCUGACAGUGGCUUUGAAACCCGGAGUGAGAAAACGCCCUCGGCCCCGCAAAGUGCCGAGAGCACAGGCCCUAAGCCAUUAUUUCAUGAAGUCCCCAUCCCCCCUGUCAUCACAGAGACAAGAACUGAAGUGGUCCAUGUGAUCAGAAGCUAUGAGCCCUCUACUGGAGAGAUCCCCCAGUCCCAGCCAGAGGACCCCGUGUCUCCCAAGCCUUCCCCUACAUUUAUGGAGUUGGAACCAAAACCUACCACCUCUAGCAUCAAGGAAAAAGUAAAAGCAUUUCAGAUGAAAGCCAGUAGUGAGGAAGAGGACCACAGUCGGGUUCUAAGCAAAGGCAUGCGUGUCAAAGAAGAGACUCACAUCACCACGACCACCAGGAUGGUGUAUCACUCCCCUCCUGGUGGCGAGUGCGCCUCCGAAAGGAUUGAGGAGACCAUGUCAGUCCAUGACAUCAUGAAGGCCUUUCAGUCCGGGCGAGACCCUUCCAAAGAGCUGGCAGGGCUGUUUGAACACAAGUCGGCCAUGUCUCCAGAUGUUGCCAAGUCUGCUGCUGAGACCUCAGCCCAGCACGCAGAGAAGGACAGCCAAAUGAAACCCAAACUGGAGCGCAUUAUAGAAGUGCACAUCGAAAAAGGUAACCAAGCCGAACCCACUGAAGUCAUUAUUAGAGAGACCAAAAAGCAUCCCGAGAAGGAAGUGUCUGUGUAUCAGAAAGACUUAUCCCGGGGAAAUAUUAACUUAAGAGAUUUUCUGCCAGAGAAACACGAUGCUUUCCCCUGCCCCGAGGAGCAGGGUCAGCAAGAAGAAGAAGAGCUGGCAGCCGAAGAGUCCUUGCCUUCUUAUCUGGAAUCCUCCAGAGUAAACACUCCAGGGUCCCAAGAAGAAGAUAGCCGCCCUAGUUCCGCACAGCUCCUGUCCGAUGACUCUUAUAAAACACUGAAGCUUUUGAGUGAGCACUCCGUAGAGUAUCAUGACGAUGAGUUGUCAGACCUAAGAGGGGAGUCUUACAGGUUUGCUGAGAAAAUGCUUCUCUCAGAAAAGCUAGAUGUGUCUCACUCUGAUACCGAGGAGUCGGGGACAGACCAUGCAGGACCCCCUAGCUCAGAGUUACAGGGGUCUGAUAAGCGAUCCAGAGAAAAAGUAGCCACUGCCCCCCCAAAAGAAAUCCUCUCCAAAAUCUAUAAAGAUGUGUCUGAAAAUGGGCUAGGGAGAGUGUCUAAAGAUGAGCAUUUUGAGAAACUGACAGUGUUGCACUACUCGGGCAACGUCAGUGGUCCCAAGCAUGCCAUGUGGAUGCAUUUGUCUGAGGACAGACUAGACAGAGGUAGAGAGAAGCUGAUGUAUGAAGAUAGGGUGGACAGGACCGUGAAGGAGGCGGAAGAGAAGUUGACUGAAGUGUCGCAGUUUUUUCGUGACAAAACUGAGAAGCUAAACGAUGAACUGCAGUCCCCGGAGAAAAAGCCACGCCCCAAAAAUGGCAAGGAAUACUCCUCCCAGAGUUCCACCAGCAGUAGCCCCGAGAAAGUGUUAACGGAGCUGUUGGCAUCCAACGAUGAAUGGGUUAAGGCCAGGCAGCGUGGCCCGGAUGGACAAAGUGUCCCUCAGGCUGAGGACAGGAAGGCACCCAGUAGGUCCAACAGCCCUGAGAAGAGGGUCCCUAUCCAACAGAGCGAGGAUGGCCAGCCUCCAGAGGAAGCCAAAAGAACUGUCGUUGCUCAGAGCAGGGGACAAGAAGGACCCCAGUCUGGAUUUCAGCUCAAACAAUCUAAACUCAGUUCCAUUAGAUUAAAAUUUGAACAAGGGGCACGUGCCAAAAGUAAGGAUCCACCUCACGAGGAGAAACAUCUGGACGGGCCGUCCCGGAUCCCGGUUAAGAAAACUCAAGAAACCAAGCUGCCCACGCACCCAGGUUUUGCUAGAGAAAAACAGCAGAAGGCUGUAGAUCCCCUAGAGGAAAGAGUGCCGGUGCAAAAUGAUGUUACGGUAUUCAAAGCCGAGCAUGCCCAAAGCAAUGAGAUCAUUGCAAGCAAAUCUGGCUCCUGCAAUGGCAAAAGCCACAGAACUGAGAUGUUAAGUAAGGCAAUGCCUGACUUCUUUCCUGAGCAACAGGUUGAAGACUCAGCCUGCCCCAUAACAUCAGAUCUAGAGACCAAGGGACCGUGGGACAGAAAGGUCUUUAGAACAUGGGAAAGUUCUGGGGCCAAUAACACUAAGGCCCAGAAAGAACAACUCUCCCAUGUGCUUGUUCACGAUAUAAGAGAGAAUCACGCUGGUCGACCUGACGAUAGUGAGAACGGUGACCCAAAGAGUGAAUUUAUGUAUGUGACUGAGAGAGAACACAAAAUGUUAACCAACGGCUCUCUCUCAGAAAUUAAGGAAAUGAGUGUAAAAUCUCCCUCCAAGAAAGUGUUAUACAGGGAGUACAUUGUUAAAGACGGGGACCCUCCCAGCAGCGCUCUCAACCAUCCCCCCAGGAGAAGUGAGAGCUCACUAGCAUCUCACAUUCCCAUCAGGGUCACAGACGAAAGGAGGAUGCUGUCGUCAAAUAUCCCCGAUGGGUUUUGUGAGCAGUCAACAUUUCCAAAACAAGAACUAUCCCCAAGAGUGUCCCGGCCAAGUAUGAGCGAAGGGGUAGUUGAGAGCCAGCACUUUAACUCCGUAGACGAUGAAAAAGUUACCUAUUCCGAGAUCAGCAAAGUUUCCAAACAUCAGAGUUACCUAGCUCUUGAUGAAACCGAGACCUCUCCCACCAAAUCUCCCGACUCAUUAGAGUUUAGCCCAGGGAAGGACUCUCCCUCUAGUGAUGUGUUCGACCACGGUUCCGUGGAUGGGCUGGAGAAGCCAGAGGGGGGGAAAGAGAUCAAAACCUUACCUGUCUAUGUCAGCUUCGUGCAAGUGGGGAAACAGUAUGAAAAGGAGCUCCAACCAGGAGGUGUAAAAAAGAUCAUCAGUCAGGAGUGUAAGACGGUACAGGAAGCCAGGGGGACCUUCUAUACAGCUAGACAGCAAAAGCAGCCUCCUUCUCCCCAGGGCAGUCCAGAAGACGAUACUCUAGAGCAAGUGUCCUUUCUAGACAGCUCUGGGAAGAGCCCUUUGACCCCGGAAACUCCCAGUUCAGAGGAAGUGAGUUACGAGUUCACAUCUAAGACGCCAGACUCACUCAUAGCUUUUAUACCAGGACAACCCAGCCCGAUUCCCGAGGUUUCUGAGGAGUCGGAGGAGGAGGAGCCCAAAUCAGCCCCACUAAGGCAGGUGACCGUGGAGAAGGAAACAGAUCGUGACGUGAGCAAAGACUCUAUCCAAAGACCCAAAUGUAACCGAGUUGCCUAUAUUGAGUUUCCCCCUCCUCCCCCGCUGGAUGCUGACCAGAUGGAAUCAGAUAAGAAACAUCAAUAUCUCCCCGAAAGGGAGGUUGACAUGAUGGAGGUCAGCCUUCAGGACGAGUCUGACAAGUACCAGUUGGCCGAGCCAGUCAUCCGAGUGCAACCCCCAUCUCCAGUCCCUCCCGGUGCCGAGGCCAGUGACUCCAGCGAUGAUGAAUCCUUGUACCAACCAGUCCCAGUUAAAAAAUACACCUUCAAGUUGAAGGAAGUUGACGAAGGGCAGAAAGACACGGCGAAGUCCAAAACCGCCGCCACAAAGGCUUCCAACCAGAAAGAGGCAGAUGGUAACGGGAGAGAAGGCGAAUCUGGCCUUGACUCCCCUCAGAACGAAACAGCUCAAAAUGGAAACAAUGACCAGUCUGUCACAGAGUGUUCCAUCGCGACCACGGCCGAGUUUUCUCACGACACAGAUGCCACGGAGAUAGACUCUCUGGAUGGCUAUGACCUACAGGAUGAGGAUGACGGCCUAACAGAGAGCGACUCUAAACUCCCAAGUCAGACCAUAGACACCAAGAAGGAUGUUUGGACAGAGGGCAUUCUGAAGCCGGCUGACCGCUCUUUCAGUCAGAGCAAACUGGAAGUUAUUGAGGAGGAGGAGGGGAAAGUGGGGCUGGACGAAGAGAAACCAUCACCUUCUAAAAGCCCAUCAUCCGACAGAACCCCAGAGAAGGCCGAUCCCAAGUCAGGGACCCAGUUUUUCACCCUGGAAGGCAGACACCCGGACAGAUCAGUGCUCCCUGAUACUUAUUUCAGUUACAAAGUUGACGAAGAAUUCGCCACUCCUUUUAAAACAGUGGCGACCAAAGGUCUCGACUUUGACCCUUGGCCCAAUAACCGAGGGGACAAUGAAGUUUUUGACGGUAAAUCUCGGGAAGAUGACACUAAGCCAUUUGGUCUGGCGGUGGACGACCGCUCGCCGGCAACCACCCCUGACACAACGCCAGCCAGAACACCAACUGACGAAAGUACCCCAACUAGUGAGCCUAACCCCUUCCCAUUUCAUGAAGGAAAAAUGUUUGAGAUGACUCGCAGUGGUGCAAUUGACAUGAGCAAGAGAGAUUUUGUGGAAGAGAGGCUCCAAUUUUUCCAGAUUGGUGAGCAUACUCCUGAAGGGAAGUCAGGGGCCCAGGGGGAAGGGGAUAUGGUCACUGAUACCCCACAGCCACAGUCAGGGGACACCUCGGUAGACACCAAUCUAGAGAGAGAUGUAGAGGCACCUUCAGUCGACCCCAACCCCAGCAUCCCGAGCAACGGAGAGUGUCAGGAAGGCACAGCCUGUAGUGGCUCUCUGGAGAAGUCUGCAGCUGCCACUAACACCUCAAAAGUUGACCCCAAGUCACGCACGCCUAUAAAAAUGGGAAUUUCUGCAUCUACCAUGACCAUGAAGAAAGAAGGCUCUGGAGAAGUGACAGAUAAGACAGAGGCUGUGGUGACCAGUUGUCAGGGGUUAGAAAACGAAAUCGUGAAAGAGAUCUCGAGUGCACCCAGUAGCCAGGUGGGCAUUAGGCCCCAAGAGAAACAUGAUUUUCAAAAAGAUAACUUUAAUAACAACAAUAAUCUGGAUGCUUCCACUAUGCAGACAGAUAACAGCACAAGUCACAUAGUUUUGACAGGACGCGCUGCAUCCACUUGCACCACAGAGGAAGCUAAUCCAGUAAAAGGCUCAGGAAAGAGUCCAGGGACUCAAGGACACUCCAGCAGAGAGUCUCGGAAGGAGCCGAUAGGGCUUAGGCGGAAAUCCAAGCUUCCUAUAAAGGCCACCGCACCAAAAGAUGUCUUCCCGCCAAACCAUAAGGCAGACAGUAAAACAGGUAAACCGAGGCAGGUUGGUCAAUCUGAGAAACACAAAGCCCUUCCUACUUCUUCAUGUUUAGAUGCCAAGUCCCGAAUUCCCGUCAAAAACACACACAGGGAGAACCUAGUUUCAGUCAGAAAAGCAUGUGCCACACAAAAGCGAGGGCAGCCAGAGAGAGGCAAGGCCAAACAGCCUCCAUCCAAGUUGCCAGUAAAGGUAAGAUCCACCCGUGUCAUCGUCACCACCACCAACACCACCACCACCACUACCACCACCACCACCACCGUUAAAGUUACAGGAAGUCAGCUUAAGGAGGUAUGUAAACAUCCCAUUGAAUAUUUUAAGGGAAUUAGUGGCGAGACCCUAAAACUUGUGGACCGCCUCACUGAAGAAGACAAAAAGAUGCAAUCGGAGUUGUCUGAUGAGGAGGAAAGUACCUCAAGGAACACGUCGUUGUCCGAGACUUCCCGGGGCGGCCAGCCUUCAGUUACCACGAAGUCUGCUAGAAAUAAGAAAACAGAGGCACCGCCCUUAAAAUCAAAGAGAGGAAAGGCCGGCAGUAGGAGGACUGGUCCACAGAGUCCUUGUGAGCGGACGGAUAUCAGGAUGGCAAUAGUAGCCGAUCACCUGGGACUUAGUUGGACAGAGCUGGCAAGGGAACUGAAUUUUUCAGUGGAUGAAAUCAACCAAAUACGUGUGGAAAAUCCCAAUUCUUUAAUUUCUCAGAGCUUCAUGUUAUUAAAAAAGUGGGUGACCAGAGAUGGAAAGAAUGCCACAACUGAUGCCUUAACAUCGGUCUUAACGAAGAUUAACCGAAUAGACAUAGUAACCCUGCUGGAAGGACCAAUAUUUGAUUAUGGGAAUAUUUCAGGCACCAGAAGCUUUGCGGAUGAAAACAAUGUUUUCCAUGACCCAGUUGAUGGUUGGCAGAACGAGACGCCAAGUGGAAGCCUAGAGUCCCCAGCGCAAGCGCGAAGACUAACCGGUGGGUUACUGGACCGUCUGGAAGACAGCUCUGACCAGGCUCGGGAUUCUAUUACCUCAUACCUCACGGGAGAACCUGGGAAGUUCGAAGCAAAUGGAAACCACACAGCGGAAGUCAUUCCAGAAGCAAAGGCAAAACCCUACUUCCCGGAAUCCCAAAACGAUAUAGGGAAACAGAGCAUCAAGGAGAACCUGAAACCAAAAACACACGGAUGUGGUCGCACUGAGGAACCACUGUCACCCCUCACAGCCUACCAGAAAUCUCUGGAAGAAACCAGCAAGCUUGUCAUAGAAGACGCACCUAAACCCUGUGUGCCUGUCGGCAUGAAAAAGAUGACCAAGACUACAGCUGACGGCAAAGCCAGGCUCAACCUCCAGGAAGAAGAGGGUUCCACCAGGUCAGAGUCUAAGCAGGGAGAAGGCUAUAAGGUGAAGACGAAGAAGGAAAUCCGGAAUGUGGAGAAGAAAACCCACUAGUGACAGUGACGUCAGUCCAGGACCACGUGGUCGCACUGCCAGUAUUGAGAAACUCACCAGAGAUCAGCAGGAAGGAAAUAGUCACCAAGAAUGGAGUGUGGGUCAGCUGCUUCCACACGUCAGUGACACGAUUUUUUUUUUUUUAACGCAGAAGGAAAACGAAAAUCACAUUUUUUUCUUUCAUUUAGCAUGAGCCGAUCUACAAAGCAUGGAAACUCACGUUCAUUCCCGGCACUGACAUGCACACUGAGCAAGUGCAGUGCACGAUACAGGAAGCCAUGUUCUUCAGACCCGGUCUCAAGUAAUUUAGUGUCAUUUUCAAAGAAGACAGACAAAACAACACCUGUGCCACCCAGGAGGAGGGGCAGCAGAGGAUGGAAUGAUCAAAUCAAGAAGACACACUAAAAUUACUAAAUUCACAACAGCUCGCCUUAUUUUUCUUGGACCCAAACUAACUGUCAGGGUAUAAACACUGUUCGUUUCUUUCUUUCUUUUUUUUUUUAAAGAAAAAUAAUAAUAAUAAUAAUAAUGAAAAAAAUCAAUAGUUUUGCUGUAAAUAAUAACACUGUAAAUUCUAACAGAAGAAACUACAAUAAAGAAUUAUAAGGCACCUGCCUCACAGAACACAAAGAUAUCACAAAUGCAUCCAAGGUCGGGCAGGCAUCCCAAGUGACUUCACCCUGGACAAGGAUGGGGAUCUGGCGCGCGCAGGACUCUUUCACUGACUCUUGUAUAUUAGCAAUCAUGUUUGUACACGCAAAACUGCUAGCUUGAUUUUAAAAGAAAAAAAUGCAAAUCUUUAAAAAGAAAAAAAAAAACCUGCUGCAAAUUUAAAUAAUUCCCCAAACGAGGAAUUCUGUAGUUCUGUGAAAAAAAAAUUUUUUUCUUCAGAAUAUUAAUAUUUUGAUGCAUGCAUAUCACCUUAUUUUGAUUAAAUCUUUUCCAAUUUUGCAAACACUACAGUCUCCUGCAACACGGGAGAUUUUAUCUGUAAACACAAAGCCCUUCAUCUAAUAUUUAUUGCUAUUGCCAAUUUUUCAAUGAAAUGACCAAAAAUGGAAAAAAAAAUAACUAUACAGUAGUUUGCUUGGGGUGGGGGGAGGGGCGCUGUUAGUGCUUACAGGGGGGAAAUGCUUGCCACUGUAGAAGUGGAUGGUGCUCACAAGAGGCCCCAGUCAUGGGUAUUUAAAAAAAAUGGACUGACCGGAAAUCCGUAUCUAGCAGGAUCUAAGCGCACUGUAAAAAAAAAAAAAAAAAAAAAAAAAAAAAAAAAAAAA